UUUUUUGUAUUCAGAAGAUCAGGAUUUUUUUUGUUAUACGUCUGUGUCCACGUCUGAGUGGGUUGGUUGACCCUAAGUUUGUACUAGAAACUUCUUCGAAUCGAAUCGGAGUCUUAUGGAGUAGUAGAGGAAUACCCCGCAGCCGGAUCUGCUGACGUGUCGGCCUCUGGUUCCUCAGAGGAGAGGAGAGACCAGGCGGCACCCGGUCAAUACACUGCCACCAUGGCAGCUGCGCUCUUCUACAAAAAAUGCGUGUUAUUACUCAUAUUUUAUUUUGGAUCAAUUACCGCUUUGGAUAGAAGAUUUUCCGACCUCAAAAUAUGUGCAGACAAGGAGUGCAGUAUGCUCCUUGUUCGGGGGAAGAUGAUUGAUGAUUUCUCAGGACCGGAUUGUCGAUUCCUGUCCGCCAAGAAAUCUGAAAAUGUUUAUGUGUACUACAAAUUAGGUGGCAAGAGAACAGACAUGUGGGCCGGAAGUGUUGGGCGUCAAUUUGGCUACUUCCCAGAGCACCUAAUUGAAGUUAACUAUGUAUAUACCGAAACUGAAAUAGUACUUCCAACAGAGGAAACAGAUUUUGUCUGCUUCGACACAGGAUUUAAUGGUCAUGAUGACUAUGAUAUAGAUUCAUUGUUAGGCCACUAUUCCACAAAGAAGGAUGGUGACAACGAGGACACAGUCGACCUGACUGAAACUGCAGACGGUGCAGAAAUACCAUCAGAAUCAACGGAUAGGCCAUCUGAAAUUGUGUCUAUGGACAAUGAUGAUAUUUAUGACGGCGAUGGUGAUGAUGAGGAAGAUGAUGGUGAUGGUCAUGAUGCCUCUCAUAACACAGAUGUGUUCCCAGAGGAGCCAAGUGCAGACUCUCUGCCUGCAGGGACAACAGAGCCGGCCAGACAAGAAGCUGAAGAGCAGGAGCCAGGGGCUGCAUCUGAUGUGACCCAGACCCACACAGACCUCUCAGCUGCUCAUGAGAACCACUCUACUGCUCAUGAACCACCAACUGCUGGAGAUUCCACUCUGGAAAACGCUGAAUCGGACCAACGUGAAACCGAUGGGGGAGACACGGAUGAUCUCACGGUUGACCCAGUCCCUCCAGAGGAUCAUUCUACUGCAGGUGGACCUACAUCCACCGUUGCCAGUGAUAAUGAGGAGGCUGGCAGGGCUAGCCCUCAUGAUGAGACCAUGGUUAAACCAGUCCCUGAAAAAGAUCCUGAGGCUGCAGUUGGAUCUGCCUCCCUAUUGACAAAGAGUGUCCCAGAGUUAAGAAUGACAUCCAAAACACCAGACGAAGAUACCGCAGAUGAUAAUGACGAUGAUGAUGAGGAGGAGUUUGCCAGUGAUGUCAUCUCUGUUGAGGCAAAGAGUGAAGAGCCAAUCAAAGAUGUGGAGAAUGAGAUGAUUAGGCCACGUGUUCCUGGAAGUGGCCAUCCUAAUGAGGGUCCCAGUGAAACCCAAAAAGCUGUAAAUAAUAAUGAUGAAGAUGAGGAGGAAGAAGAUGAUGACGAUGAUGAGGACAUACCCAGGACUAAAAACAGCUGGUCUUCACUUGGCGACACUGUUUUUGCAAUCGUCAGUGGCGGUAGAAGGACGGCAGAGGUUUCGACUUCAGAAGACGUCCUGGACAAACGAGAAGAAAUUACCCCAGAAAAACGUCCAGCCCAGGACGGUGUAGACAUCAACGCGCCACCCGCCAAAGAGCCACCAUACGACGAUCAAGCUGACGAAGAUACUCUCAUAUUUUUGGAGGCGGACACAGAAGACAUAGACCAUGAAGCUGUGCCUCUGGUGUUUAAUCACCAAAGAAGCGAUGAAGAAAAACACGGUGCAGUCGAGCACCCAACCGAGCAGGAGCUUGAGCCCGCUGACGAGCAGGCGACGCAAGAGAAUCCACAGGAGUUCUCCACCGCAGAAGAUCCCAACACAAGAGAUCUCCCUGCCGAACCUUCAUCUCACCUGUUGGACGCUGAGGCACCCAACGAGCCCAAGGUGUCAGGAAAUCCUGAUCUGGGUGAAGACAACAACGAAGAGGAGGGCGAUGAAGACACUUAUGAUGAUGAGGAUGAUGUUGAUGCAGGGCAGGCCAAGGACAUGUCAGUGCAUGCUGGGGAUGGAACCGGAGAUUUAAAAGAAGAGGAAACAUUGACCCGCCGUGAAGCGGGGUAUGUAAUGGACAAUGAGAACGACACAGAUACGCCUGACGGGAAUGACAGCUUAUUGAGGCAGGAUUCGGAAAACUCUGGAAAAGAGCUGGAAAACAAUGCAACUCAAGAAACUGAGAUUAACGAGGACCUACACACAGACGAGGAGCUGCCAUCAAAAGAAUAUGAUAUGCAGGAGGAGGAGACGGAACGGGGUGAAUUACUUGAAGACGAAAACGCCCUUUCAAACUCCAAGCCCAGCGAAGAAACGUACGAACCCCCGACAGGAAGCGACGCGUCCAUGACACCGGAGCCGGAAUACGGCGACGAUGUGCUGAGGCUGACCCUCAUGCGUGCCCAUUUCAAGGACGAGGACAUGAAGCGCAUGCGGAAGUUCCUCAGCCUCAGUGACCUCCUCAAGGCCGAGGCCCUGUUCGCCGACCUCGACCUGGAGCUGCAGGCGGCGCGCCUCAACGACAUUUCCCCCGCCGAGGACAUCGAGAAGUCUCUGGACGCCAUCCUGGAGGCCUCGGAGAACGUCAUCCUGGACGAGAUCGAGAAGAUGCUGGACAGCAGGGACCCGAAGCAGUAUGACGGCGAGCACAAGGAGGGGGUCCUGUUCGACGAGGAGGCUCAACUGCUGGACGAGUUUCAGGAGCUCGUGUUCAAACUGCGGCAGAAGUACUCUGCAGCCAGCGACAGCACACCUCUGACGGCUAAUGGAGAACCAGUGCCUCGCCAAGCUGACUACACAUCACACAACCCAGAGGUCCAAGCAGAGAUCCCCCCACCCGUUGUCCGGGCCGAGCAAGACGACGGUCCCACCGAGGAGAACAAUGGCAGCGUUGUGGUCCCCGACGUGACGGAGAAGCAGCCAGAGAGCGAUGCAGAGCAGGGGGCGUUGGACGAGGCCCACCAGGGCGCUGACCUCAGUGUGGGGGCAGACGGGGGACACUUCAACAGGAACGAAGACAAUCAACCCAGUUACGGUGGGGCGGAAGACAUGCAGAAGAUCCCACCAGCUGUCCUGGAGAAGCCCUUUGACCUGGGAAUCGGCAUGGAGAUGGAGAGCUCCUCAGGUUCUCUGGACACAGUGACGCCAGUGGGGGAUUUACAUGAAGAAGAAGAAGAAAAAAUGGGUUUAUUCUCAAGUGGACUGUUUUACAGUGGUUGUCUUCUUUCCAUGAUGAAGACAAGUGUGACCCAUUGGGUGAUCGUGGUGAUCUCCCUUCUGCCAGAAGAAUGGCGGCCGGGGGAGACCCUGCUGGGCUGUCCUUGGCAAGCCGUUAUCGUCACGGCCCUGGUGGGGGUCUUCACCAUCGUUGUCUUCAUAUGGAAUACCAUUCUGGCUGUCAAAAAGAAGGAGUAUCUUGUGACUGACAAGUGGCUUAAAGACCAAAUAACAUCGCUCAAAAAAGGAAAAGAAGACGCGGUUUUAAAGGUGUCAGAGCUCCAGCAAAUGAUUCAGGAUUUACACGAAAAAAAGAAACAAUCUGAAGAAAGCGCUUGUCAUGCCCAGAGAAAGAAUAAGGAGCUAGAGCGGAAACUGGGAAAGUCAGAAAAACAAACUAAGCGAUUCGAAGAGGAAGUCCGAUCCCACUCUGCGCUUCUUGAAGAGCAGAAGGCGAACAAUCAGAGGGACAACGCCAGAAUCGAACAGUUGAUGAAGGCCAACGAGCAGCUGCAGCUCAGCCGGAAGAAGAGCAAGCAAGCCUUCGAGCAGGCCACCGUGUUCCUGGAUGAGGCCAAGCUGCACGAGAAUGCACGAAGAGUCCAGCAGAAAUGUCUAGAGAGGGAUUAUGCAGUGCUGAAGGAACAAAACAAUGAGCUCAAGGCAUCCAUGAAAGGCUGGGAGGAAAAACACGAGGACCUGAACAAGCGGAUCAAGCUCUACCAAAAGUCCCAGAAGGAGCUUGAAGACUUGGUCACCCUCAAAGAUCACAAUGUGGAGGUACUGUCUAAUCUUCUGGGUGACCUGGAUGCUUUUGAUUGCCAAAAAGGGGACACACAAGUACUAGCCAACGGCGAGCUACCUAACGAUAAGAAAACGAUGAUAAAAAACAGGAUCAAGCAGAUGACGGACGUUUCACUGGUCCAGACCACUCUGUUUGUGGUUGAAGAGGAGCGGAACGGUUUCAUGGCCAAAUUCCUCAAUGAGGAAAAGACUAGGAAGGUGCUUGAAGAGCAACACCAGGAGCUGGAGCACUCCAUCGCCACCAUAAAGAGCGAGAAGAGCCACAUUGAAAAUCAGUACAAGAUCCUCGAGCAGAAGAAUGAGAUCUUGACCGAGAUGUACCAGCAGAAGCAGAAUGCUUUGCAGCAGAAGCUGACCAAAGAGGAGAUGGAGCGGCGCAACAAGGAGACCCUGCUGUCCACGGUCGGCGGCAAGACCCUGGAGGCGGAGUCCCAGGUGAAGCUGCUGCGGCAGCGCAUCGGCGAGAUGGAGGAUCAGAUGAAGAAGGCCGAGGUGGCCUACAAGGAACAGAUUAAAGAGCAGGAGAAUAAGACUCAUUCAAAUUGGAUGAGCGCGCGGACGGCUGAGCGCGCGGUGAACCAGGAGAAGAUUGAGACGUCGAGGCUGCGGGACAAGCUGGGUCUGCUGUCGUCCCAGCUCAACGAGUACCGCGCCCACCUGUUCCAGCCCAACCCGGGACACGUCGGAGCCCGCCCAGCAGCAGGGGACUCCUACGGGCCCUCUCCCGUCAGCGGCGGGGCCCCGUCCCCCCCUACCAGGAUGGAGGACCCCCGGCGGGCCCCUUCCGCCCCACUGGGGGACCGGAGGAUCGAUCGCUACGGUCCCCGGCCUCCGUCUGACCCGCAGGGCCGUUACCACGACAACAAACACGCCCCUCGAAUGGACAUGUCGGGCCCCCGGACCUCGUCUCCGGCCACCAGGGACGACUCGACUGUCGAUUCUGAGCCCCUGGCUGAGGCCUGCGAUGAGGGACCAGAGCCAGUGAGUAUGAAGGAAGCAGAAGACCAGGGCCCCGGCUCCUUCUCCUCCUCCGCCAUCAUGGACUCCCCGCCCUCCAACCCGUCCCGGGGGUCCCCCCACGACGCGCACUACGACGGCCCCCUCCUGCCCCCGGGCCCGCGCGGCGGCCCCCCCCCGCCGGGCCUGUACCGGCCCCCGCCGCUCGGCCCCAUGUACCCCCCGCUCCCCGGGAUGAUGGGCCCCCGCGGGCCGCCCCCUCCCCCUCUCCACUUCCGGCCGCCGCCACCGGGGGCCAACGGUGGCCCCCCGCCGCCGGGGUACAUGGGAGGGGAGUACGGCCCCCGCCCGCCCAACGGACACGCCUUCAACCCCCGGCCGGAGCCCAGGGGCCCGCCGCCGCCCCACAUGCGGCCUCAGCUGCCGCCACCACAUUACGGACCACACGGCCUCCGCGGACCAAUGGGACCGCAGCCCCCCUUCUCCCCUGACAUGCGGUACUCGGGACCACCAGGACCACCCGGACCCGGGUACCCUCCCGGACAGGCCUACCCACCUGCUCCAGGAGGCGUCCCGCCUCACCAACCACCACACGGAGACGGCUACGCGCACGCGCCCCCGCCAGACGCCCACCGGCCCACCUCCGCCGUGGCGGCGGCCGGCCCUGGACAGGGUCGGCGAGACACGGCCCCCCAGGACCCUGUGAACUCCAUGACCAGUAUGGCCGAGCCUUGACGACCAAACCCAUUGCCUACCGACAGACAGCAAGAAGAAUACCCACAUUGACCACUAUAAUCAAGGAUGCUGUCUGUAUUUCUGAUUUAUUUUCCUACUUCAUCAUUUCAUUUAAUUAUGUAGAGGAAAAAAAACUGCAUUGAAAAAAAUUAUAUCAUUAAAAACAUAUUUGCAUUUCAAUAUCAAAUCAAUCGUGUUGCGGGAAAUUGUAUGAUUAUGGAAGAGGAUUGCUACAUGUAAGAAUGCUUAUUGUGCAAUAAUAUUUCUAUUCAAUGACUGAACUUUUUGUUUUAGCAAAUAGGGUUUUUUAAGAGGGGAAACUUUUUUUGUCUUCAUGUCAUUUCCUGUGGAAAUAGUUAAGAAAAUGUGGGGCAGGGCGUUUUAGAAAAAACGGUGCGAGGAAAUGUGUAAUUUGACGGCCAGAUGUAUAACUUAUUUUAGUAUGAUCUUAGAAAUUUUAUUAAUAAACAGUGCAAAAUCCUC